UGGCUCCAUCUAUCAAUAAGAAAAUGUACUGCUUACCAUAUCUUAACAGUUUUUUAGAGCUAAACGGGUCCAAGUAUACUUGGAUCCAUUUGCAGCCAAGGAAACUGUUAUAUUCUGUUGAUUACUAACGAUUUUGUCAGUGUCAGUUGUCGUACUAAAAUCGUGAAAAAUAGUGAUCGAAGUGCAUUUUUAAUUUCAAAAUGCUUACAUCAGACGAUGAAAGAGAGCCAUUCUCCGACAACUCUGAUAUAGAUGGAGAUUAUGUUCCAAGUAGCAGUGGUGGCGAUGAUGCUGAAGUGCAAAACUUGAAUGAAGCUGGGAAUGGGAAGUCCAGAAAAAGGGUUCGUAAAACUGCGACAUGGAAAAGAAAUUGUUCAAAAAUUCGAAGAAAUAGUGGCCAGGAAUACGUUGGUCGCAAGGGUGCAAAAUCUGUUAAGGCUUAUGACCAUACAUGCAGAUACAAGUGUACAGAAAAUUUUACGGAGGAAGUUAGAAACACAAUUUUUACUGAUUAUUGGAAUCUUGGAAACAAAACUAAUGGAUGGGAUCUACGACCUUUAUUGCAUCAUGCAUACAAAAUAAUGCUCCAAAAAUGCACCGUCUAAAAAUCACCAGACAAAAGAGUAUUAGCACUGUGAUAAAACUUCAAAAUAAACGUGUAUGCAAACAGUUUUUUCUGAGAACUCUAGAUAUUAGCCGCAAACGGUUUUAUAACGUCACAAAGAAAAAGAAGGAGUCUGGAGUCGUCCAAACGGAUCAAAGGGGAAGACAUGUCCCUAGCAAUAAAAUAGACGAUGAGUCUUUAAACUUAGCAAAACAGCAUAUAAACUCAUUCCCAAAAUUUGUGAGUCAUUAUACUAGAAAAGACAAUCCGAAUCGCAAGUAUUUGUCUCCCGAGUUAAAUGUAACAAAAAUGUACAAGCUAUACAAAGAAUUUUGUCACGAAAAAGAAGCCCGACCAUUAAAGCUGAGCAAAUACCGCGACAUUUUUAAUACCCAUUUCAACUUAGCUUUUCACCGACCAUAUUCAGACACAUGUACAAAGUGUGACACGUUCAUUACUCAGAAAAAUUCUUGUGAUCCAGAAUCUGAAGAGGGUUCCCGCAUUGCCAGAGAACAUGAUCGUCAUCUACGUCAAGCUGAAGCAGCCAAAAAUUUAAAAAACGCCGCCAAGGAAUCAGCAAGACAGUGUCCAGAAAAACGUGCUAUUUGUUUUGAUCUACAAAAAACCUUACCCACUCCGCAUUUGACAUGCAGCAAAGUAUAUUAUUUGCGCCAGCUAUGGACUUACAAUCUAGGAAUCCAUGAUUUAUCAUCCGGAAUUGGUAAUAUGUACAUGUGGCAUGAAGGUGAAGGGUCGAAAGGUUCUCAAGAAGUCAUGUCAUGUUUGCUGAAGCAUAUUGAAAGUUUGCCAAAAACAGUGACCCACAUCGAUGCAUUCAGUGAUAAUUGUGGUGGUCAAAACAAGAACAAGAACAUAAUAAAAUUUUGGAUGUAUAUUGUGCAAUUUACACAUAUCGAAAGUGUUGACCACCGUUUUUUGGUUUCGGGACAUUCCUUUAUCGAAUGCGAUCAAGAUUUUGCCAUUAUUGAAAAAGCCAAGAGACGGCUAACUCACGUUUUUACUCCCGAUGAUUGGGUUAAUUUUAUAGCAGGAGUCAGUAGAAAAUUUAUUGUAGUAAAAAUGCAGCCUGAGGAUUUUAAAUCUAUAUCUCCCAUGGACAACAUCAUGAAAUCAAAUUUUACAGGAAUAAGUAAAAUGCAAUGGCUACAUUUCAAAAAAAAGUAUCCAAUGAAACUUUUUUAUAAAGAAGUUUAUAAUAGUGAUUUUCCUUUUGAAGAAAUGGAUCUUUCUAAAAAAACUGCCUUGCGUGUUAGAUCUUCAAAAAUUCUUCUACCUGCUCUAUAUGACAGUCCUCCAAAAAUAAAAUUAGCAAAAUUCAAUAACUUGAUGCAGCUUCUACCAUAAUGUACCACCAAUACCCCAUGAUUUCUAUAAGUCGUUGAAUCCAGGACAGACGAUGAUUA